AGUACAGUAGUACAGUAGGCGAAUGGCGCGACUCACGGUGCGGCCAAGUGUGACGACCAGCACGGUCAAGCAUCUGAUGGCCAAACUCUACGGCUUGACCACCGAGACUGUGGACGAAAAGGACAGCUUUCUUGACCAGACUUUUCACGUGACCGUCAGAACUAGUGGAGACCAAGGCAAUGUAGGUGUGACUGAACACUAUGUGUUGAAGAUACUCAAUGCCGAAGAUUCCAGGGAGCCAGAAUUUCUGGAUGGGCAACACGAGAUGCUGUUCCACUUGAGCAAAAAGAGAGUCACAAUUAAUAAUACGAAUAUCCAAACACCAUUACCGGUUAGAAAUACCUCUGGAACAUUUUGGAGCAAAGAAAAAUUGUACAUCGAAAAAUAUGAAGAAACUGCAAUAAAGGACAAGACAGAUAUUCCGUUUGAAUAUUAUGUCGUGCGCUUAUUAACCUACGUACCAGGGGAAGUUUUAUACACUGUCCCAUAUACUCCUGAUAUUCUAUAUCAAGCUGGAAAUAUAUGUGGAGGAAUUAACAACGCUCUGGAGGAUUUCUGGCACCCAUCAUACAACCUGAGUGGCGACCGGUGGAGAUUUGCAAACGUUCCAACCCUUCUAGAAUAUGUUCACAUAUUUGAAGAUCCAAAGAAAAAACGGGUAAUCCAAGAUGUUGUGAAGAGAUUCCAGUCGGAUGUUUUGAAUAACUCAGUGAACCUACCCGAAGGAAUAAUCCACGGCGACAUCGGAGGUGGGAACAUGCUUACCGUGACCUCCAUGGGUCAAGGUCAAAAUCAAGGUCACGUAAUCAGCGGGGUUAUUGAUUUCGGCGACUCACAUUAUGGCUGCAUGGUGUACGAAGUAGCCACAGCAAUGGCAAACUUAAUAGGAGAGUCAAAGUCAAGCGACCCGCUGACUUCAGCCGGGCAUUUUCUAGCGGGCUAUAUGCGGGUUCGCCCUCUCUCUUGCAAGGAACUAGAUGCAUUAUGGGUAUGCAUAGCCGCAAGACUUGCACAAUUAGCGACCUAUAGUUUGGAUACCUAUUUUCUCAAUCCUACGAGCAAAUACGAGUACCUGUUGAGGAAGGCGGAAACCGGGUGGAAACUAUUAGAGAAAGUAUUAAAAACUGAAGAAAAAGAGGUGUAUGAAGCUUGGAGGGCUAUCAUAGACUCUUACAGCAUGAACGAGAAUGAGAAUGAGAACGGGACAGUGAGAUAAUUCACUAUACAUAUUUAACAAAGAAGUGGGAGGCGGGAAAAGGGAUUGUUGGAUUGGUGGUGGGGGAAUCAACCAAGUUAGUUAUAAAAAGGAAACGGGUACUUAG